UCUAUCAAAUCUCAAAACUUUUGCGUCUGGAUCUCCAUCAAAAGAUUGCUUCAAUUCAAGGAAAUUUCAACUCUUUAACCUAUCUCGUUUGGCGUUCUGUUGCAGUUUAAUCGUAUCAGGACAAUCUUCUCUAUAAAAGCAUACAUUUCCUGUUCGUUCACCCGCUGAGUGUACCUCCAAGUAUCGCAUCGGGGGUUCAGCGGCAGCGUUGCGCAAUUUUGAUCCCGGAGCUUUUCAUGGAAGAAUAGACCUCACAAAGAAAUAAAACGUAAAGUAUGGAGUCAAUGGGAGCCGAAAAUCCUAACCGAGGUAACUUUUCACAAAGACCUGUUUCUUCAGCACCUCCCAUUCCCCAAGCCUUCAUGCCUUCAUUAUCACCUGGACCUGGAGCUUCUGUUAGACAUGAUCCAUCCGGUUCUCAAGCUGCACCACCAGGAGGUAUAUACAAUAACCCAUCAAUGCCAUAUGGAAAUCCAAGGCCUGCAGGAUUUCCCUUCCAGCGGUUUCCAUCUCCACAAUUUCCUCCAAUAGCUCAAGCAUCGCCACCAAAUACUCAGCCUACACCUCCACCAGGUCCUUUUCAUCAUCAACCUCAACAUCAGCCUCAGGCACCGUUUAUGCCAAGGAGCUCUACCCCCCCAAUCGCAAGUAUCCCUCCUUCAAAUUUGCCUUUCUCUGGUCCUUGGACAACAUCACAACCAACAAGACCACCUUUUCCUGGAUACACCUCCAAUGAACCUACUAACAUGGUUGCUCCCACUCUACAAUCAUCCGCUCCUUAUCAAGGAGGUUUUGUACCCAACCGUCCACCAGUGACUUCUGCUCCCUUUCUUUCAUAUCAAGGAGGCCAAAUUGGUCCUCCACCAAUUGCUACUUCAUCAGGGCCUUACCCACAAAUGCAUCAACAACCCUUUGGGCCUCCUAUGGGGACUGCCCAGGGCUUGGCAGAUGAUUUCAACUCUCUUACCAUUGGCUCUGUUGCUGGAUCACUUGAUCCAGGUAUUGAUACCAAGUCAUUUCCCAGGCCAUUGGAUUGUGAUGUGGAACCAAAGGCAUUUGCUGAAACGUAUCCCAUGAACUGUCCUUCUCGAUAUCUGAGGCUUUCAACCAAUUGUGUACCAACUUCUCAAUCCUUGUUGUCAAGAUGGCAUUUACCUCUUGGAGCAGUUGUUUGUCCACUUGCUGAAGCUCCGGAAGGGGAGGAGGUUCCCAUAAUAAACUUUGUACCGACAGGAAUCAUACGGUGCAGAAAAUGUCGUACUUAUGUGAAUCCAUAUGUGACGUUCACGGAUAGUGGAAGAAAGUGGCGUUGCAACAUUUGCGCUUUGCUGAAUGAUGUCCCAGGCGAGUAUUUUGCUCAGUUGGAUGCUAGUGGAAGGAGAAUCGAUUUACAUGAGAGGCCCGAGCUUACCAAGGGUAGUGUGGAGUUUGUUGCUCCUACUGAGUACAUGGUGCGACCUCCAAUGCCACCAGUAUACUUCUUCUUGAUUGAUGUAUCAAUUUCUGCUGUGAAAAGUGGGAUGCUUGAGGUUGUGGCUGAAACUAUUAAGUCUUGUUUAGAUAACUUUCCCGCUUCUCCUAGAACACAAAUUGGGUUUAUAACAUUUGACAGCACAAUACAUUUCUACAACAUGAAGUCAAGCUUGACACAGCCCCAAAUGUUGGCAGUUUCUGAUCUUGAUGACAUAUUUGUUCCGUUACCUGAUGACCUUCUUGUGAACUUGUCUGAGUCAAGAACAGUAAUUGAUGCUUUCCUUGAUAGCUUACCCUCAAUGUUUGAGAAUAAUUUCAAUGUGGAGUCUGCUUUGGGUCCUGCUCUUAAAGCCGCUUUUAUGGUUAUGAACCGACUUGGGGGUAAAUUGUUGAUAUUCCAGAGCACUCUUCCAUCACUUGGUGUGGGCCGUUUAAGAUUGCGUGGAGAUGAUUUACGCGUUUACGGGACAGACAAAGAAUAUUCGUUGAGAAUAGCAGAAGAUCCUUUCUAUAAACAAAUGGCUGCAGAUUGUACCAAGUACCAGAUAGCUAUAAAUAUAUAUGCUAUCAGUGACAAGUACACUGAUAUAGCCUCCUUAGGAACCCUGGCCAAAUAUACUGGUGGUCAAGUAUAUUACUAUCCAAGUUUCCAAUCAAUCAUUCAUAAGGAGAAAUUGAAGCAUGAGUUAACCAGAGAUCUUACAAGAGAAACUGCAUGGGAAGCUGUCAUGCGCAUAAGAUGCGGGAAAGGUAUUAGGUUCACAUCUUAUCAUGGAAAUUUUAUGCUAAGAUCAACUGAUUUAUUAGCACUUCCUGCUGUGGACUGCGAUAAAGCUUAUGCAAUGCAGCUUUCCCUUGAGGAGGCAUUGCUAACUACUCAAACAGUAUAUUUCCAAGUUGCUUUGCUAUAUACUUCAUCAAGUGGAGAAAGACGAAUCAGAGUCCAUACAGCGGCAAUACCUGUUGUUUCAGAUCUAGGAGAGAUGUAUCGCCAGGCAGAUAUGGGCGCCAUUGUUUCUAUACUUUGUCGGUUAGCAAUAGAGAGAACAUUAACCUAUAAAUUGGAAGAGGCUCGGAACUCGGUACAACAAAUUAUUGUCAAAAUAAUGAAAGAGUACAGAAGUCUCUAUGCGGUCCAGCAUCGGUUAGGAGGCAGGAUGAUAUACCCAGAAUCGCUAAAAUUCUUGUUGAUAUACGGUUUGGCAUGGUACAAGUCAAUACCACUUCGCGGAGGGUAUGUUGAUGUCCAACUGGAUGAACGAUGUGCGACAGGACAUACCAUGAUGACUAUGCCUGUUAGAAAUUUAUUGAAGAUGCUUUAUCCAGAUUUGAUUCGAAUUGAUGAAUAUCUUGUAAAGUCAUCAUCUCCUCACGAGAUUGCUGAGUUCAAACUUACGAGGCUACCACUUACAGCUGAUAGCUUGGACUCGAGAGGGAUUUAUAUAUUUGACGAUGGUUGUCGUUUCAUUCUAUGGUUUGGAAGAAUGGUUUCACCUGACAUCACUAUGAACUUACUCGGAGAUGAUUUUGCUUCCGACCUUUCCAAGGUGGACAUUUGUGAGCGAGAUAAUCCGAUGUCUAGAAAGCUAAUGAAACUAUUGGAGAAGUUAAGGAGCAGUGAAAAAAUAUACUACCAGUUAUGUCAUCUGGUGAGACAAGGCGAACAGCCCAGAGAAGGUUAUCUUCUUUUAUCAAACUUAGUCGAGGACCAAGUUAGUGGUAUGAACGGUUAUGCAGAUUGGAUUGCGCAAAUACAACGACAACUACAAUAAAAAGAAAAUGUAUUGGUAUAAUAAAGAUAGGAACUUGUCUUUUUUCUUUUUAAUUGCCCUGACAAGAUGAUAUCUGUCUGUCUGUUCCCUCGAGGGGUCGGUUCUUGGUUUGGGCGAUGAUGGACUUGUUUCGAUCGAGGGGAUUAUUUUAAAGUAAAAACAGUUGUAAGGGUCUUUCAAUAUUGAUUUUUUUUUGUUCCAUCAGGUUGUUACAUGAUUUGUUUGAAGCAAGGAAUAUAUAAAGCUUCGGUUUCUCUCUUCUAAAGAACACCUAGAUAUUAUAUCUUAGUUGUUACAAGACUUUGUUCAUAAUUUAGUUUGUUUUCAGGUUCAAUUGUUA